AUGGCAUCACCGCGUACCCGACGUAAAUUAAACUUUGUCCGCACUCAAGAAGAGAACCACAAAUGUUUUGAAUGCGGAACUCUUAAUCCGCAAUGGGUCUCGGUCACAUAUGGAAUUUGGAUUUGCCUGGAAUGUUCAGGUGUCCAUAGAAGCCUUGGGGUUCAUCUUUCUUUUGUUAGAUCAGUUACAAUGGACAAAUGGAAGGAUAUUGAGCUGGAGAAAAUGAUGGUGGGGGGAAACCUCAAAGCUCGUACAUUCUUUGAAAGUCAACCUGAUUAUAAACCAGACAUGAAAAUACAGCAAAAAUAUAACACUAAGGCUGCAGCAAUGUACAGGCAAAAGAUAGCAGCUCUCGCUGAGGGUCGUGAUUGGAGUCCAUCAGAUUACAAGCCGGAUGUAGUCGAGAGACCGUCAGAUUGGAGCCAAUCACAGUCCUUCUACUCCUCUGGAGAUAACACAUUCCACACCAGCGGCUCAGAUAAUAACAUCAGUUACCAUAGCGAGUACGGUAGCGGACGUUAUACAGGAUUCGGGAAUACUCCGAAGCAGUCCCAGUCAACUCCUAUGUCACCCAUCCACAGUGGGCAUGAGAUCGUUGACAAUACACUAUCUUCAUUAGCUACUGGCUGGUCAAUAUUCGCGUCGUCCGUUUCUAAGGCUGCUCGUACUGCCACCGAGAGUGCGGUCAAGUAUGGAGGGAUGGCCUCGCAGAAGGUAUCCGAAAUGGCUUCCACAGUGACUGAGAAGGUUAACAAUCGCGGCGGCUGGAGUAGUCUUAGCGGUGCCAAUGAGAUGCGUCGUUCAAGCAACUCUAGUGCACACUUCCAGUCACCUAGCUAUGGAGCUAUGAAGAACUCAACAUCUGAGCCGUAUUCUCAAUGGAAUGAGCAAGUCCAGCCAGGUAUUCAAUCUGUGGCAGCUCGUAAUAACUUGGACUCCCGAGACCUGUCCCAAGUAGGAGUAUCAAGCCCACCUCCAGACAUAAAGAAUAUCAACAUCAAGAAACGUUCCAGCGACGACUCGUGGGACUGGUUGAACAAUUAG